UGCCCGAAGCCAGACUACAAGUCCCAGGGAGCCGGUCCGGCCAGGGAGGGGCGCUGGGGCGCCCAAGGGGCGUGCACUGGCAAAGUAAGACCAUUUCCCGGCAAGGGCGCCAGUGCCUCUGCUCUGCUCGUCCGGGAAGUCCGGGUCGGACGAGCGGAAAGCCUUAGAGUCCAGGCCGGCUCCCUGGAGCAAACCCAGUGGCCUGGAUCUCCCUGAUUAUUAUUAUUGUUGUUUAUACUGCGAGCACGAAAUUCUUCCCCAGGGCCUCCUCCCCAGCCCGCCCCACCUGCUCCUUCCUCCUCGUGUUGUAAUAUGCCUUUAGUGAGCCUGCGACCUCAUUACCAAGGGUGCUAGAGUUCGCAUUCAGCCACCAUGGGGAAUGGGAUGAACAAGAUCCUGCCUGGCCUAUACAUUGGCAACUUCAAAGAUGCCAGAGAUGCAGAGCAAUUGAGCAAGAACAAGGUGACACAUAUUCUGUCUGUCCACGAUAGUGCCAGGCCUAUGUUGGAGGGAGUUAAAUACCUGUGCAUUCCAGCAGCGGAUUCGCCAUCUCAAAACCUGACAAGACAUUUCAAAGAAAGUAUUAAAUUCAUUCACGAGUGCCGACUCAGGGGUGAGGGUUGUCUUGUACACUGCCUGGCUGGCGUCUCCAGGAGCGUGACUCUGGUGAUCGCAUACAUCAUGACUGUCACCGACUUUGGCUGGGAGGAUGCCCUGCACACUGUGCGUGCAGGGAGGUCCUGUGCCAACCCCAACCUGGGCUUCCAGAGACAGCUCCAGGAGUUUGAGAAGCAUGAAGUCCACCAGUACCGACAGUGGCUGAAGGAAGAAUAUGGAGAGAGCCCUUUGCGGGAUGCAGAAGAAGCCAAAAACAUUCUGGGUAAAUAUAAAGAGCAAGGGCGUGUGGAGUCCCAGCCUGGUACGAGGCGGUGGAGCAGCUUUCAGACCCUGCCUCCUCUGGCCUACAGCAACUAUACGACGGAGACCUAAUAACAGAGUGAUCUGGUGCCUGCCUUUCCAUCCCUUGUCUUCAGUGCAUUUCUGCUGGGUGCCCUGGAAUACUGACUGCCCCCAUGGAGGACAGGAGAGGGAGGGUGGCGAAGGUGGAUCCAGGCUUCUUCUCCAUGAACCCACCCCAGGCCCCUUCACUCAGCCAACUUCUGCCCUGCCUGAGCUUGGGGAGUCUGCUUGACUGCCCCGUACCAACUCAUGUGUGCACCUGUGUGCAGGCAAGUGUGCAUGUGUGCCCGUGAGCAUGAAUGUUCAUAUUGCAGCAACAGUAACAAAAUCCAUGCUGACAGCCUUGGUAUCACCACCCUUCCUUUUUCCAAGACUCCACAUGGAAGUCAUUUGAAGUUAACAUUUUAAAAGCUUCUCAGCCGGAAGCAGCCUGUGGCUGUGAGCAAACAGAAUCCAGGGUGGUCAUGGUGAGAGCAGCAGGAGUCCAGACUCCCUCCUGAGUGUUGUUCCAGGGGCCCUGGAAGACAGAGAAGGGGUGCUCUGAGCAUUGCCUCAAUCUUUCAGUGAAAGUGUCCCAGGCUGUGGCUCCUACCACCUCACGUCAAGACCCCCUUCUCAGCCCAUCAUAUCCCUGAGUUCUACUUAGUGUUUGUUCUUGGUGGCACUGACUAUAUUUAAGUUCCAUGGGGAGACCAACCACUUCAACCCAGGCUGUAUGCCCAGAGCGCCCUUCCUUUCUACUCCUGUCCAGCUUCACUUGCUCUCAACCUCUUGUUCUCUUGCUGUUAGCACUCUGCAAGGGCCUCUUUGCAACAUUUGCAUGCAUCUUCAGGAAUUGGGAAGAGCAUUUAUUAGGCACUGUAGCAAGUUUGCAUUUAAAAAUACAUUUUAAAAUGCCUGAGCACUUAUUAAGCACUUUUGUGUAUGCUGUGGAUUUGAUAUUCGACCUCAGCUACCUCAUUAAAUGUUUUUUGAAAAGGUGUUUUCGUUACUGUAAUCAACUCAUAGUUGAAAAUGUUUGGUCAUGAUUGCUUUUGAAGCCAAAGUACAAAAGCAUCAGUAUCAAUGGGCUAUUUAAAAUUUUUGACUGGAGCUCCAAUGAUGCUUUCUAGUGGGUAAAAUUUCACAUUCAGGCCGAGGCCAGCAGGCCUGGAGAAUGUCUGCAGUUUGCAGCGUGGCGCAGCAGGAAUCUUGGAAUGCUGCGAGCAAUCUCGUGGUUCAGUCUUUUAUACCACCUCAAAUUGUUUAAACACACAAAGCCACAAGAAUGAAAAAGUAUGCUUGGCCUCUCCCAGAAAAGAUGUUGCAACCCAGUUUCUCCAAAUUCCACCAACAAAAGAGCCCCUGAAUAAGAAGAGCAGUUUUCCUGUGCAUAUAGAAGGUAUGUCACAGGUGAGCUCUUUGGGGACCAGAGAAAACUCUACACACCCACAUAGGCCCCUGAUAUACACUGGGAAAGGGAAGCGUGGCCAUGGACUUUUCCAUCUACAGCUGAAAUAAUUUGUCUAUAAGGUACAUUUUUUUUUCUUAAACCAAAAAGAAAUGUGAAUAUGUUCACAGAAAUAAUAUUUAGGAUAUCAGCUGGAAUCCUUAAAUAUGUGUGUACAUUUAUGAACAUCUAAAUGUAUUCUUAUAGGUCUUAAAAUGUUGCUUUAAUAUUUGUUGCCAGUAAUAUUCUUUCUCCACAGCCACUCCAAGAAUUCUGAAGUACUGGGCCUUUCUCAGAAGACUGUAAUGUACCUGAAGUUUCUGAAAUAUUGCAAAGCCACAGAGCUUAAGGCUGGUGCUGCCAAAAAGAAAAGCAACCUAGAGUUUAUUUUUAAGUAUCCAGAAGUGAUUUGUAAACUUGUUUUUCAUUUUAAAUUGACUACAUGUGCGAUGGUGGUGAUAUAUGUUGAGAACUAAGGGUACUCUUUUAGCAAGAGAAAAUAUUUUUACCUUAAUUCCACUGCUGCAUCAAUUUCUUUAACCUUAACUUUGAUGUUUAAGCAAUUUUUUUAAAUGUUUGUUUAUUUUUGAUAGAGAUGGAGACAGAAUGCGAGUGGGUUAGGGGCAGAGAGAGAGGGAGAUGCAGAAUCUGAAGCAGGCUCCAGGCUCCGAGCUGUCAGCACAGAGCCUGAUGCGGGGCUCAAACUCAUGAGCUGUGAGAUCAUGACCUGAGCAAAGUUGGACACUCAACCGACUGAGCCACCCAGGCGCCCCAUGUUUAAGCAAUCUGAAGAGCCCUGCUGCACUGCUUUGGCUACUAUUUAGUAAUCAUGAUUGCUUCUCAUGAGAAUUACGCUGUGUAAACUCUGCCCAUAUGUUCUUCAAUUCCCCAGCUUGGGACAUAUCUCUUGGUGUGUGUUUCACCCAUGGUUUGCCUUCUCCAUGGUGGAAUUUACCAAGAGCUACACAUUUUUGUUAACAAAAGGCAACCUAGCAUUUAACUUCAUGGGCAAUGCAUUCUUCCUGAGGUGAGGGGUGGACACUGUAUAUGUUUCUGCCUAUGAGGGUCAUGAUACAGGAUUGGAGCCUGCUCUCAUAGCAGUAAUGCUGGUUUAAUUGCAGAGACAAUGAAAAGUAAAUUAAUUUCACCAUGAGAGAAAAAUUGAUCUUCAAUGUGAACAGAAAGAAAUUCAUAAAUUGGACUUAUAGUUUGUUUGCACACGUGUGAGAACUGAAUAUUUGGCACCCCUGGAAUUAUUGCACUUAUCUCAGGGGUGUGCAGCCCAGGUACUCCAUGAUCAUUUGCUGCACAUUGUUGAAUGCAGUUUAUUCUGAUUCCGUAUUCAGCUUUUAAUUUGAAGAAACACACACUGGCCUAAAGAGCAAUUUAAGUCAAUUUCCUAAAUUUUCCAUUUCUAAAUCCAGGGUAGAAGGAAGGAAAUUUGACUUUUUAGUCUAAGGAUAGGGUUGGCUUGAACUAAGGGCAGGUGAACACAGGAGCUGAUGUACCUGGACCCUUUAACUGUAGGUGGCAGGCUUGACCUGUGUUCUGAGUUUCUGCUUCAACCAGGGAGGGGCUCAGGAAAGGGGCUGGGAGCUGUGUGUUGGGAUGAAGAGGACCCUCUGUACUGGCAACAGCCCCUGAUGGGUGUGAGAUGAUACACAGUGAUCAGUUUGGGUCAUUAAAAUGCUUAUUCUGACUCAGCAGGCCUGCCUGAAUGUAGUACAGGUAAUCUAGUUGUAGGAACCUUUGAGUACUCCCAUGUGUCAUACUUAAAAGCCCCAAGAUGUUUCCACUUCCCACUUGUGAGGAUAUGCCAGAGCCUUGUCUCUGGAAAACUCAGGGAAAAUGGCCAAGGCUGAACACAGAGCCUCAGGAAGACCUCUGUUCUGUGUGUAGGACAUGAGGCGGCAGAAUUAGGAAAACAGGUUUGCUGGCAGUGGCCCCAAUCCAAUAGGGUCACCCACCCCUUGCAGCCUGACAUCCUUUCCUGUCCACUUCUUGCUAUAGGAUGAGAUCUGGCACCAACAAUAAUCAUCUAAUAAUUGGUGUUCUGUGGGUUACAAAGUAUCACUGCAAAGCUUUAUAAACCCACAGUCAGGGUUAUUCAUUUGAGUCUCAAAGAGGCUAAGAAAUACACUGGAAAGUGAAAAUGUUAGUGCUUCUUUGCCUGAAUCUGGAUCUUUUGAUCCCAAAUCAGUGGGUAAAGUGAGAGAGAGGGGCUGAGCCACCUCUGGGCUUUGCACUUAGAAGUUUGUGAGCCUCUAAUGAGGGCUAAGGGAGAACAAGCACCCCUGUAGCAAAGCUGCAUGGCUACUGAAGCCAGAACCUCUAUUUGCUUCUCCCCUUUUCUCCCUGGAGAGUUUGUUUUGAUCCCCAUUAAUGGUGUUGACAGGAAAAUUGACAAUUACAGAGUAAGUCCUAAGGACUAGUAUAGGUGCUCCCAAAAUGUGUGGGAAAGGGAAACACCAUUCCAGUUUUGGGGUGAGUUAGGCAGUGUUCAGGGAAGGUAUCUUGGAAAAAGUGAUACCUAAUUUGAGACUUGAAGCUUAAGUGCUAGAAUUAGCUGGGCAUAGUGGGAGGAAAGGGAGUCCAGGCCCAGGCUCAGCAUGCAUGUUAAGUUGGUGGCAUGAGGGAACACAGUGCACUGGGGUGACCCCAAGUCAUUGUGUAAACUAAAGCAAGAACCAAGGGGUGGGCAUUUGUGGUAAGUGGUACAGACAAAGCUGCACACACAAGCAAAGACUCAGCUGGCCAAGGUGAUACCAUUGCUUAGUGUCUGUUGUAUAAUAACUGGUUUACUUCUUAUACCAGCCCUUGGAGCUGAUCAACCUCAGAGGUCAGGUGCCCUGCCAGCUUUCCACAGACUGAUUCUUGAGCUUGGAACCUCAUGAGCAGCAUGAGUACCAUUAUGCAGAUAUAAUGGGUAUAAUGGGUGGGGGCUCAUUGAAUGUGCUGGAGCAAGCAGGAACCAUGGUUGGUGUGUAGGUGGAGAAUUAAGGCGGGGGGUGGCAGUCAGGGGGCAGCUGUUAUGUCAUCCAGGUGAUUGAAACUAGUGCCCUGAACAGGGUCAUGGUGGUAGAGAUGAAAAGGGACAAAGGAGGCAAAUAGAUUUGGGAUUGAGGGAGGUUGGGGAGGGAGAAGCAAAUGCUCUUAGUAUUGGGAUGAACAUGGGGGACUAUGGGUUUUGUGGCCUUGCCACUCUGGAAUCUUCCAACACAGUGGUUCUUUGUACCAGUAUCCUCCUUCCCCAUGAUGAUUGUUUGUAGGAUCUGAAAUGUCAAGGUUAGAUUUAAGGGGGCUGCCAGACCUAGGACCUCCAAAGGCAGUCAUCCCAGCUUUGCAGAUUAGGGCCUCAAGUUUAUCCGUGUACACAGGACAGACUCCCUGGAAUAGACUCAUGACAAUUAAUGUGGAAUUCAAAUGUCCAGUUUCAUAAUUUAUCAUGAAAAAUAAAGUAGCUUUAUGAAAACCAAUUUUAUUCACUAGACUAUCUCUUUCAUUAUCAAGAUUUGUGAGGGAAGCCAAAUUAGUCAUUAGGCAUUGUCUUGUGAGAUGGACAUGGAGCUAAGAGCCUUAGUGGUGUGCAGGGAGUAAUCCUGAUCUGGCAUCCCCCAUGAUUGGAGUGCUUUUCCCAUAACAUGCUUGAGUGGUGUUUCUGCCAGGCUCCUGCUUUGCUUCCUGAAGUCACUUUUCCAGGGUCUAGCAGACUACCCAGUUUAUAUACUUUUUUUUUUCCCCAAGGUUUAAAUCACGUUUUUUAGAGCACCUUCAUUAACCUUGGGUAUUCUUGUGUGUCUUCAAAAGCAUUUAUGCUUUUCCGUGAAGAUGAGUUCCCACUAGUGGCUUUUUUAUUUAUUAGGUGCUUGUUCUUUCUAGUUUCUGUCUCAGCAGGGAACCCCAUUUCCAACUUCUGGGGCUUCUUUGUGUUACUCAUGCACAGAGACAGCCUAUAAAUUCUGGUGAUUUGUGUGCAUAUGUGUGUGCACAUACACCUGUGUUUUUUUGGUUUUUAGUUUUUAGAGAAAUCUUUAACUUUCAGGAGAGUCUUGCGUACAACAACAAAGGUACUUGAACUCGGGUACCCUAGAUGGCAGGUACCUGGAACACCCAGGGAAAUGUCAGAGCUCAUGUUGCACAACCAGAGCUGAUCACAAAGGGCUGCUCUUUGCACCAGUAUCUAGUCAUAAAAAUAGGGAACACACUAAAAUUCAAAACCCUGUGAUCCCACACUAGAUGACUCCUCCCAUCCUGGCCCUAAGUUAUUAAUAAUUUUAUUAAGAAUGUGCUUUCAACACGCUUAUAUUUAUAUAUGUACUUAACAAGAAAUCACCAAGACUUCAGAGGGAAGUUCCUCUUCCCUUUCCUUUUUAUUGCCCAGAGAAAGGGAGAAACUGAGAAGCAAAAAAAAAAAAAAGCUGCCUUUGAUUUGUAACUGAAGGCUUGAGCAUGUCAGUCAUUCCCUUAGGAUUUAGUAGGGGUCUCCUUAAACCUUGGGCUCAUCAAGACCGUCAUGGACUUGGAUUCAUAUAACACAAUGGCCACAUUUCAUCAUGCAGAGAGAUCUUGACACUUUGCUCUUAUUUUCCUACCCCUGCUAUAGAUCUUGAGACCUGUCACUGCAAUAACAGUACAUAAUUAGUUAAGCCAGUACCAAAAUUAGUAAUCAAAAUUAGUAUCUAUUUUGCAGCUUAGGCUUAACCACCUAAUAAGCAUCUGACUAAAGGUUACAAGUGCUGUGUCUGUGUCUCUUUCCAUCUGGGGAAAGAAUUGCCAGUACGUUUUUGAACAUCUGCAAGUUUGGGUUUAUUUUGACUCUGGAUAUCUUAUGCAAACUGUUGAUCAAGAGUUAGUAAUUUGCAGUUAAUUUUCCUGAAGCUUCUAGUUCAGUUAUUAGAGUCUGGUGUCAAAAGAGCUAUUUUAGCAGGUGACUGAAAUUACUAGGCAGUUCAUUCUGAGUGUGGUGUUCACUGUUUAUUUAGAAGUAGGGUUAAGAGAAGAUGUUUUAGGUAGGAUUAUACCUGAUCAUAGCCUUUACACAAAAGCCUAUUUAAGAAAGCUGGAGAGAGGGGGAAAAAUAAAACUGAUUUUUACAGGGUUAACAAUUCCUUCUAGGAAUAAUGUCACUUGCAACAAUUUUGGGAAACAACACUGAUCAUGCCAUUUCACCAUUUGUCCAACUUGACCCAAGGAGACCCCAUUACAGGGGCCUUUCCACUCAGCUGCUCAGUCCUCCAGGGCCCACAUCAGUGACAAGUGAAAAUAUAAAUAAGAAGUUGCCAUCGACAUUAUGUUGGCCUCUCUCUCCCCUCAGAGUCCAUUUAUCAUCAAGUGUUUUGCCCUCAGUUUCUUGUGCCCUUCCCAGAAGUGGCCAAACCAGCACAAACAGGAACCAUACUUUCUAGUGAGCAGGUUUGCCUUUUGUUGGUUGGCUGUGGGAUUCCCCAAGGCACUGAUAUGGAGCCUUUUGGGAAAAUAAAAAUCAAAAGGCCUCUACAUUGUGCACUAAAGAAAUGUCACCUUCUGCUUUGCAAAGGGUGUGCCCUUCAAGGCAAGAGACCCAAGUGGCACUGAGCUUCCUCAGAAUGGGAGUCCCUAGAGAAACUUGUCAUGUGCCAGGAGUCAAAUGUUUGGAUGCUCCUUGGUUUGUGUUAAGCCACACUGAUGUGGUGACAGACAGAAAGUCAAGAAGGUGUGAGAGGAGAGGACCAUUUCUUGACUGUUUUCAGAGGCCUUCAUGGAUCUCCCCAAAUCAGGUGCAUCCCAGAGGUGUAUUGCAGGUGUGGGCUAAAACCCACAUUUCAUGCCUUGAUAUUCACUUCCCCACAGCACACAGCCCUGUUCUCUGCUUUGCCAGAGCUCCUUCCUAUUAUCUUCCACCUUCCAGGAGGAGGAAGGCACAGGUCCUCACUAAGCAGGUUGGGGGAUAGAGGUGGUACUUAGUAAAUGAGAGGCUAGGGCCCUGGACUGGUGACCAGGAAGCCAAGAUAGUCACAUGUCAGGCAGGCCUGACUCAGGUCCAGUUUCAUCCUGGUUCUCUGGAAUACCUUGGGGAAGUCCCAGAGGAGGCAGCCCACUCAUGUGGGGAACUUCUUCUAAGACGGGAGUGAAAGAAGCUCCCUAGGAGGGAUGAGCAGUGCUAGAGGGUACCCUGUGUCAUGGCACAGUGAUGUGGCCAGAGGCAGCCUCACAGCUUUCCUGGGUGGCAUUUUAUGUGUCUAUAAAGGCCCUUCUAAUCCUGAAGAGCUCACAUCUGGAUAACAAGACAAUCAAUCUUGUGAUAGUCAACAAUUAUUGAGUACAUAAUGUGGGAGAGAAGCUGGCAUUGAGAUUUUUCCUUGAAAUCACUUCUGGCAACAAUCCUGUUGGAUAGAUUUUACUAUUAUCACCAUUUUUCAGAUGAAGAAACCAAGUUCUAGAGAACUUGAGCAUUUCCCAGUCUCAGGGCCAGAAAGUGGCCAAGUGAGAAUUAGAAUCCAAGCAAUCUGACUGAGGUGUGCGUAAAUGUCACCACUCCUUUCAAAAUGCCACUACCUCUCCAAGGCUAAGCUAAUGAAAUACUAACAGUCAUGUGCUUUCAUGUUCAAGUUUUUUUUCUGAAGGUGGGUUUACAUUAGAUCACAGGAAUAGUGGGGAGAUUAAGGUGGAAGAUAGGUAGAUAUAUGUAAGUAGGCACAUGAGAAAGACUUUUUUUUUCUUUUCAUCAAAGCCUGCCCAUUGUGCAUACACUAUGGCUACCACACAUACUUCUGACUGGGCAUUUCUGACUUAGCCUAGAGUAGCAGGCAGAGUACUGAGAUGUCCUGGGGCUCCAGGAAGUGCUUUGCAAGAAUACAGAAUGGCCCAUGUGUGUAUGGGAAGGGGGACGGGGCUAAUGCCUGGUACUUUAAGCAGAUGGUAUUUUGUACUUGAUGUACCAUCAUUACAUAAAUGGAGGAACUUCUGUGAGGGUUUUGCAAGAAGCUUAGGGAUUUGCUGUCAUUCAAGUCAAAUAACUCAAAUGAAGACACUCAUUGAGGACAGAGACAUGGGAAGCAACAGUGGAUGUCAAAGCAACCAGAGACUGACAGGACCUCCUUCCAACCCCUGAGGCCAAGGGCCAGGGCUGGGAGAUGGAGUUACUAUAGCCAAGUAAGAAGUGGGCUGUGCAGGGCUGUCCAGAAGGACCUGGGCAAGGAAAGUCUUUAAGAAGUAUGGGAGGUUGGGAGGGAGCAGAGUAGAAAUUUCCCAUCUGAUGUCCUCCUGUCCUAUCUCCCUGAACCUAAUGGGAAGCUGGCCAGCAGAGGAUUCUGUAUGCUGUGAUCUUGGGAGAAAGAACAGGAUGAUUGCCAUACAACAGGCAGACCUGGAACUCAGCCUUGGGUAGGGCGGAGAUUCAGUGAUAGGAUGGAGGAAGUGCCACAAGCUUCCAAGAAGUAUCUGAGUGUCAGCAAGCUGAUACUAAAAGUGGGUCUGAGUGGGGAGUCUGGUUCUCCUACACACUUUGUCCUGAAGUGUGCUAUCUGGAGCUUGGCCUGUGACUCACUGCUUUCAUCUGUAGAGAGCAUUUAGAAUCAUCCAUGCCUGCCAAUGUGCCCUCACUGAUCUGUGCUUUCCUAUGGCCUAGCUGGUGAAAUGGCAUCCCCUGAGAGAAGACCACCAGGGUCAGGUGGCAUCUGAGCAUCUGCUACAAACUUUGCCCUUGUGAGAGUCCCCCCUCCUCCGGACCACAGCCCAUGAAGAGCAGGGGAGGAUAUUCUGCAGUGCCUCAACCAUGCUACAGUGCCCACAGCUCACUGGGAGAACCACUUCAUGAGAUGUUUAUAGAGCUAGCACCGUUCAGACUGCCAUGAGGGAAAGGAAAAUGAGGCAGGGCAGCCUUGUCUUCAGAUUUUGAGUUGGGGAUAGAAGAGAGUCACUCCCAAAUGUUCUGUGAACAAACGCUGAGCAUAGAAGCAUGAAUGCAGGCCAAGUGGACCACAGAUGCUUCACAGAGAGUGUCCUGCUAGGAAAACUUGGAAGAAGAAUCAAGUGCAUCCAGGGAAGAGGGUGAUACACAGGUAAAGGCACAGGCAAGAGUGAACAUGGUGUACUUGGAAGUCCAAGACCUUAGAGAAGGUGAUUGUGAGGGAGGUGAGGGUUGGAAAGUAGAGUGCUUAAUCCCGUCCUGUCGUAUAAACUGUAGGCAGCCGUGGGAGGGCCUUGGAUUGAUUUGGGUCCACCAGGAUGGGCUAGAGUCAGGAAGUUCAAGCAGUUAGGAGACAGGCUCACUGGAUGCCCCCAUGGGACCUCUCCAAUGACAAAUCUACCAAGUGAGGCAACAUAUAUAGUUACCACCUUGAAGUAAUUAUAGGCAGUGCUGGUUUGCUUUCUUCAGAAGCAGAAACAGAGUUAGGGGUACAAAGGAUUAUUGGCAGAUAGCAUCUGUGACAGGAGGGCAGUGGGGCUGUCAGGAAGACAGUCCCACCUCCCCAUCAGAGUAGCCUAGGGGCAGGCAUGGCUGGUUGCCUCAGAAGAAUGGCCUGAGCUGCCAGAGAAGGCACCCCUGAGAGGUCAGAGCUCAGGGAUACUUACCAUUCUCACACAGUAGGACAGCCUGAUGCUCUCCAGGGACACCUGGUACUAAAGUGCAGCCUUGCAGAGAUUUGUCUCCACAGUGUCUCAUACAGCAGGACUUCCCAAAAUGCUUCGCCCAAACUCCAGUGCUGGAUUCUUCAAUGUGGCUUGGUCAUUUGGGUGCUCUGGCAACUGAAAGCCCUCUCCCCUCUUCUCUCCUUCUCCCCUUGUCCCCCCUCUAUCCUCCUGCCCCCUCUCCCUCCUCCCUCCUUCCUCCUCCUUCACUCCCCCUCCUCCCCUCUUCCCCCCAGUUCUCAGAUUAGAACUGGGUGUAGAGAAGGUUGAAAACAAUGCCAGGGUUUAGCGGAUUCCAACCAUUCUCCUCACAAUAAUUGCAGCCUCAGCUGCCACCAGGGAUGCAGCAGGACCUCUCCACUCCUGGGGCAGGAGAUGUACAGACACACUGUUUAUAUAGCAUUUAUUAAAAACAAGCUUUAGUAACAAGUAAAAGAGAAUCUUUUAUUACCAUCCAGAGCCACAAUCCUAAACCAUUCCAGUGAUAAAAUAUGUCUCCCCUGAAAACUUACUUUGUUGAUCUAAGUUUAAACAGUGGCUGUCUAGAGUUUUAAUAAGAUAUACAUAAGCUUAAAAUGUACAUGUUUUUAUUAUAUCCUUUAAUUAACAAUAUGUUCUACAUGGAAGUGAGUGUGGAGAACUCCCAGUUAAUGGGCAUGACUGGGACAUAGGAAAUCAACUGGUCGGUUGUGUUGUUUUGUUUUUCUUUUCUUUUCCAGUAAAUUCAGAGUGAUUUGGAAUCCAAGCUCCAUGGGGCAAGUUUGGUCUCCAGUCUCUGCAAGAUUACAUUUCUGCACUUGCAGAGUAGAUUUGAAAUAACCAAGAGUUUUAUACUCAGUUCCUUUAAUCUGGCAUUCUGAGUGACCACUUGAAUGUUUACUUGUCUAAAUAUUUUUGGCUGCAGACAUAUUAGAAAACCACAAGAAUUGGUCCCAAAGAAACCUAGACAUGCUAUUUAUAGAAUUUGAUGUGGAAUGGGAUUUUUAUGCAUCUUGCCCUAUCUUAUCUUUUUAGUUAACACUUUUUCUACCUACUUGUGUAUCUGUUAUUCAACAUGAAAUAAAUUUUUCAAAAUAAACUAAGUGUUCUAUGACCAAUGAUGAGUGAAGAUCAACUGACAAAUCUCACAUAAAGAGAAGUUCAGUUUUGACAAAAUCAUUGACAAAUUCAUAGAAGUUAUGGCUUAAAAAUUGUAAUUAUUCAUUAAUGUGGCAGACCAACAUCUAGGUAUAUGUUCCUCCCAUUUUUCAACAUAUGCAUUACUGUAAUUAAAGAGUAUUCAUACAUGACUUUUUCCUUUUUACUGUGAUUUUUUUUAAUUUAUUAUGAUAAUACAAAAUUCAAUAAAAGAACAUUUUUACA